UAGAUUUCCCAAACAAGAAGCGCAAGAGGAGCCGCUGGAACCAGGACACCAUGGAACAGAAGACGGUGAUUCCAGGAAUGCCCACAGUCAUCCCCCCUGGUCUGACUCGGGAACAGGAAAGAGCUUAUAUAGUGCAACUACAGAUAGAAGACCUGACUCGCAAACUGCGCACAGGAGACCUGGGCAUCCCCCCUAACCCUGAGGACAGGUCUCCUUCCCCUGAGCCCAUUUAUAAUAGCGAGGGGAAGCGACUCAACACCAGGGAGUUUCGGACCCGGAAGAAGCUGGAGGAAGAAAGACACAACCUCAUCACUGAGAUGGUGGCACUCAACCCUGACUUCAAACCACCAGCAGAUUACAAACCUCCAGCAACCCGGGUAAGCGACAAGGUGAUGAUCCCGCAAGAUGAAUAUCCAGAGAUCAACUUUGUGGGGCUCCUGAUUGGACCCAGGGGCAACACUUUGAAGAAUAUCGAGAAAGAGUGCAAUGCCAAGAUCAUGAUCCGGGGGAAAGGGUCAGUGAAGGAAGGCAAGGUUGGGCGCAAAGAUGGACAGAUGCUGCCAGGGGAGGAUGAGCCCCUCCAUGCCCUAGUAACUGCCAAUACCAUGGAGAAUGUCAAAAAGGCAGUAGAGCAGAUUCGGAACAUUCUGAAACAGGGCAUUGAAACCCCAGAGGACCAGAACGACCUCCGGAAGAUGCAGUUGCGGGAGUUAGCCCGCUUGAAUGGCACUCUCCGGGAGGACGACAACAGGAUUUUAAGACCGUGGCAGAGCUCUGAGACCCGCAGCAUUACAAAUACCACCGUCUGCACCAAAUGUGGAGGGGCUGGCCACAUUGCUUCUGACUGCAAAUUCCAAAGGCCUGGUGACCCACAGUCAGCCCAGGACAAAGCCCGCAUGGAUAAAGAAUAUCUGUCCCUCAUGGCGGAGUUGGGCGAAGCUCCCGUCCCGGCUUCUGCAGGCUCUGCCUCUGGGCCUGCUGCCACCCCCUUGGCCAGCGCGCCUCGACCUGCUGCCCCAGCCAACAACCCGCCACCGCCGUCUCUCAUGUCCACCACCCAGAGCCGCCCGCCUUGGAUGAACUCCGGCCCCUCGGAGAAUCGUCCCUACCACGGAAUGCACGGUGGAGGACCUGGUGGCCCCGGAGGUGGACCUCACAACUUUCCCCAUCCACUGCCCAGCCUAACGGGUGGGCACGGCGGUCAUCCUAUGCAGCACAACCCUAAUGGGCCCCCACCUCCCUGGAUGCAGCCGCCACCACCACCGAUGAACCAGGGGCCCCACCCACCUGGGCACCAUGGCCCUCCUCCAAUGGAUCAGUACCUGGGAAGUACGCCUGUGGGCUCUGGGGUCUAUCGCCUACAUCAAGGAAAAGGUAUGAUGCCGCCUCCGCCUAUGGGCAUGAUGCCGCCGCCGCCGCCUCCCAGUGGGCAGCCCCCACCCCCUCCCUCUGGCCCUCUUCCCCCAUGGCAGCAGCAGCAGCAGCAGCCUCCGCCUCCCCCGCCGCCCAGCAGCAGUAUGGCUUCCAGUACCCCCUUGCCAUGGCAGCAAAAUACGACGACUACCACCACGAGCGCUGGCACAGGGUCCAUCCCGCCAUGGCAACAGCAGCAGGCGGCUGCCGCAGCUUCUCCAGGAGCCCCUCAGAUGCAAGGCAACCCCACUAUGGUGCCCCUGCCCCCCGGGGUCCAGCCGCCUCUGCCGCCCGGGGCCCCCCCCCCUCCGCCGCCGCCGCCACCUGGUUCCGCCGGCAUGAUGAUCCGUCCCCGCGGCGGUGGCCCGCGCCAUGCGACUGAGGACUUUCCGCGCCCAUUGGUGACCCUUCCGGGGAGACAGCCUCAGCAGCGCCCCUGGUGGACGGGAUGGUUCGGCAAGGCAGCCUGACUUAUUUGGUGGACCGAAGCGGAACCCGCUGGCUCCAUAUCGUGAAUUUUAUUCAUUGUUUCUCUGCCUUUCCUUCGUACUUUCUUUUCUCUUCCUUUCCUCAGACUCCGUCCAAGGAGACGCUCUCCCCGGGCUUCCGCUGCAGUUAGGCCCCCUCCUUCCUCCCAGUCCCCCGAUUCUUGGCUUUCCGCAGCGGAGGGAGCAAAUGGAGCUUUGUACAGCCCCUCGGGCCCUCGAGGGGGGCUGGGUAGAAGGGGCAUCGGGCCCAGGGUCAGGCUCCUCUCUCUCUCCGUGGCUCAUUGGGGAAGAAGUUGGGGGCCCCGGCCCGGAGAGGGGCACAGCAGGGCUUCCCCCUGCUGGCAAUACCAGCACUCACUCUCCCCCCAGCCACCCGGCCUCUGGUCCCAUUUGCUCCUCCUGCUGACAGAAUGUCUUUCUUCAUUUUAUUUUAGUCCCAAAUGUCUGAAUGUUUUGUGGUGGGGGGGGAGGGUCCCCCCUCUGCUCCCUCCCUCCCUCCCCCUCCCUUUUCAUGGAGUGAUUAUGUUGACAAUGAUGUGUAAAGCGCGCUCUCCUCACCGCUUUCUCUGCAGAGAUUUCUUUUGGCCUUUUAUUUGGUGUACAAUAAAACUGCAUUAAAAGGGGGAUGUUCCAUUGA